AUGGCCCGCGCCGCUGCCGCUGCCGUCUGCUCGGCCGCUAUCCUGCUCCUCCUCGCCAGCGCCGUCGUUGCCUCCGGUGCCGCCACGGAGCUGUCGACGGCCGUGCAGGCGACUGACCGUGCCGGCGUCGAGCAAAGGAGCAAGCUGCUGCCGGUGCACCACGAAGGUGCCCGGGAGGAGGACAUCAAGCCUGGCAGUGGCAGGCAUCGGAGGGCCGGCGGCGGCAACGGGGCAACCUUGGCCUCCGUUGAGGAGGAAGUGAAGAAGGUUGGAUCGGGAUCGGACUGGGGCAAGGCCAAGGUGCUGGACGACGACGACAAGGACCACUCCGACUCUGACUCCGGCUCAGAUUCCGACUCUGACUCCGGCUCUGACUCCGGCUCUGACUCCGACUCAGAUUCCGACUCCGAUUCAGACUCCGAUUCCGACUCCGAUCCCGAUGAUGACGAUGAUGACCACAACUCCAAGCAUGGAAGAAAUCAGAAGCACCCGGCUUCCGGGAAGAAGGGAGGUCCGGGAGGUAAGCACGUUGACGAGCUACCCAAAACGGUGAUCAAGGUGUGA